AUGCAAUGCGAUUCCGUUGCUGUUAUGGGAACUCUGGAAAAGAGAAACUCUAUUCUUCUUGCCGGAAAAGCAGUGGAUCACAUGGUUUUAAUUGCAGGUGUUGUACAAGAUGCAGAGGAGUGGUUUCAACAACAAUAUGUGCAGGCGCAAGAACGUGUGGUGUCCAAGAACCGUGACUGUCGUCUUCCUCGGCUUUGGUUGAAACCAAAAGAAGGUACUCUGAAAUGUAACUUGAAUGCCUCUUGGGUAAAUGACUCGUCUUUCUACGGAGGAGCUUGGUUGGUGAGGAACAACACAUGUGAGAUGCUCUUCCAUGCCCGUGAUGCUUGCCUCUCGGUGGUAAACCAAAUCGCUGCAGAAUUACAAUGUGUGGUGUAG